ACUAGUUCCGGGUGAAAGAAAGAAUAUGCAUUUCGCUGUAGAAUUUAUGUAAAACCCGUGUUCCUCUGAAAAAAAAAGUGUGGGGGAAGAGGGAGGAACACUAAAAUAAUCUAGGCUUGUGUUUUUGGGCACACUAGGAAGGAGCCAGAAAGGAGAGGGCGAAAUUGAAACGAUUAUUUCUGUUUUGGGCUUUUCCACUGCGGCUCCCACUCUGCCUGGAUUUCUCUGGGCAGAGCGAAGCAUCAGCAGCGUCUACUCACCAGGAAAUAAAGUCACAAAUAAACAGCAUGAUCCCCGAAUCGGCAGCAACUUCGCUUUUUUGGUGACAAUUUUCUGCAUUGGUUCAAACUACCGCAGAGCAAAGGCUGGGUGUCGGAAACAAGCAACGACCAUUGUGAGGUGAGGAGGAAAUACAGCAUCUCACUACAAAAUGAUGGCCUGCAUAACAGUCACUGAUAUGGACACCAGCUCAGCUCCGCUCCAAAAUGGGGACCUACAUCAGAGUCCAUGGGCACUAAAGCAAACUGGAACAGGGUUGAAGGUUAGCUUUUAUCCUAUUCCCAGCAAACCCGAGAACAACUGCUUAACCUAUCCACCGGGUGAAUAUAUUGCGGAAGAGAUUUGUGUAACUGCUUCCAAAGCCUGUGGAAUUCCCCCAGUGUACCACAAUUUGUUUGCUCUGAUGAAAGAGAAAGACCGGUCAUGGUAUCCUCCAAACCACAUCUUCCACGUUGAUGAAUCAACAGAUGAAUGCACCAUCUAUCGGCUAAGAUUCUACUUUCCACACUGGUAUAGUCCUGGACACAAGAGAGCAUAUCGUUAUGGUGUUACCAAGGGUGCAGAGAGCCCUUUCAUCGAUGAUACUAUAAUGAUGUAUCUUUUUGCUCAGUGGCGUGAUGAUUUUAUUAAUGGAUGGGUCAAGAUCCCAGCAACACACGAAAUGCAAGAGGAAUGUCUCGGUAUGGCAGUGCUUGAUAUGAUGAGGAUGGCAAAGGAGAAUGACCAAUCCCCUUUGGACAUUUGCCAUUCAAAAAGUUAUAAAUCAUUGUUGCCAGAAAAUGUUCGGCUGCAAAUCCAGAAUUACCAUUUUGUGACAAGGAAGCGGAUCCGGUACAGGUUCUACAGGUUCAUCCGUCAGUUCAGUCAAUGCAAUGCAAGCGCACGAGAUCUGAAGCUGAAAUACCUCAUUAAUAUGGAAAAUCUGCAAUCUGCUUUGUUCUCUGAGUAUUUUGAAGUGAAAGAGCCUGUAUGCGGCCCUUCGGGGGAAGAUAUCUAUACAACCAUCAUUGUAACUGGAAAUAGUGGCAUUCAGUGGAUGAAAGGGAGAUAUAAAGACAAUGAAUCCCAGUCUUUUCAGGAUCUGCAAUCUUACUGUGAUUUCCCUGAAAUCAUCAAUGUCAGCAUCAAAGAAGCAAGUAAAGACGGCUCCUCUGAGGGCAGAAUUGUCACCAUAAACAAACAGGACAGCAAGACUUUGGAGGUCAAAUUUCCAUCCCUAAAGGAAGGCUUUUCAUUUGUGUCACUAAUUGAUGGAUACUACAGAUUAACUGCAGAUGCCCACCAUUAUCUCUGUAAAGAGGUUGCACCGCCAAGCUUGUUGGAAAACAUUCAGAGCCAUUGUCAUGGGCCCAUCUCGUUGGACUUUGCUGUGAAUAAACUCAAGAAGGCUGGGAAUCAGAAAGGGUUUUACAUUCUUCGUUGUAGUCCUAAAGAGUUCAAUAAAUACUUUCUCACUGUGGCUGUGGAGAAGGACAGUGUGACUGAAUGGAGGCAUUGUUUAAUUACCAAAAAUGAGAAUAAUGAGUACAAUCUCAAUGGUGCUAAGAAGAGCUUCAGCAGUCUUAAGGAUUUACUAAACUGCUACAAAAAGGAGACAGUUCGAUCAGAUGGUGUUAUCUUCCAGUUUAUCAAAUGCUGUCCACCAAAACCAAAAGAUAAAUCUAAUCUUCUAGUCAUGAGAAGCAACUGUGUUUCUGAUCCUACAACAUCUCCAGUGUUACAAAGGCAUAACAUCACCCAGAUGGUAUUUCACAAAAUCAAGAAAGAGGAUCUGACAUUUGGUGAAAGCCUCGGACAAGGGACAUUCACCAAAAUUUUCAAAGGAGUGAGGGAGGAAAUGGGAGACUAUGGUCAGCGACACAAAACGGAAGUUCUCCUAAAAGUUCUAGAAAAAGCACACAGAACUUACUCAGAGUCCUUUUUUGAGGCAGCAAGCAUGAUGAGUCAACUGUCCUAUAAGCAUUUGGUGUUGAACUAUGGAGUCUGUGUAUAUGGUGAAGAAAAUAUCAUGGUUCAAGAGUACGUGAAGUUUGGUUCAUUGGAUACGUACUUGAAGAGAAACAAAAACCAUGUGAACAUCCUGUGGAAGCUGGAUGUAGCCAAGCAGUUGGCUUGGGCAGUGCAUUACUUGGAAGAAAGAAACCUUGUCCAUGGAAAUAUCUGUGCGAAGAAUGUCCUGAUGAUCAGAGAAGAGGACAGAAAAGCAGGAAAUCCACCGUUCAUAAAGCUAGCUGAUCCUGGAGUAGGGAUAACAGUUCUGUCAAAAGAUGUUCUAGUUGAACGUAUUCCUUGGGUGCCACCAGAAUGUAUUCAGGAUCCCAAGAAUUUCAGCCUGGCAACAGACAAAUGGAGCUUUGGUGCCACCUUAUGGGAGAUUUGUAGUGGAGGAGAUAAACCACUUGGUCUGUUUGACAGCACAAGGAAAUUGCAAUUUUAUGAAGAUAAACAUCAGCUUCCUGCUCCAAAGUGGUUGGAACUGGCGAAUCUCAUCAAUCACUGCAUGAAUUAUGAACCAGACUUCAGGCCUUCAUUCCGUGCCAUAAUACGUGACCUCAAUAGCCUGUUUACCCCAGAUUAUGAAUUAUUGGUUGAAAGUGACCUUUUGCCAAAUAUGAGAGGAGGUGGCCUUGGAUUCCUUGCUUCCUGUGGAAGUCAUGAUCCUGCACAGUUUGAAGAAAGGCAUCUUAUAUUCCUGCAGCAAUUGGGCAAGGGCAACUUUGGUAGUGUUGAGCUCUGCCGAUAUGACCCACUGCAGGACAACACAGGCGAUGUGGUGGCAGUGAAGAAACUGCAGCAGAGCACCGCAGAACACAUUCGUGACUUUGAAAGAGAAAUCGAAAUUCUGAAAUCUCUUCAACAUGAGAACAUUGUCAAGUACAAAGGGGUGUGCUACAGCGCAGGACGGAGAAAUUUGAAAUUGAUUAUGGAGUACUUGCCUCACGGAAGCCUGCGUGACUACUUACAAAAAAAUAAAGAUCGGAUUGAUCGCAAGAAGCUACUAGCUUACACCUCUCAAAUUUGCAAGGGAAUGGAGUACCUUGGAACUAAGCGAUACAUUCAUCGAGAUUUGGCAACACGAAACAUUCUUGUAGAAAAUGAGAACAGAGUGAAAAUUGGUGACUUUGGUUUGACCAAGGUUUUACCACAAGACAAAGAGUAUUACAAGGUGAAGGAACCAGGAGAAAGCCCAAUCUUUUGGUAUGCUUUGGAGUCUCUAAUGGAGAAUAAGUUCUCCGUGUUUUCAGAUGUGUGGAGCUUUGGGGUGGUGUUGUAUGAGCUCUACACAUACAGUGAGAAGACAAAAAGUCCACCAUCAGAAUUCAUGCGCAUGAUCGGCAGUGACAAGCAAGGACAAAUGAUUGUUUUCCAUUUGAUCGAGCUGCUUAAAGCGGGUAGAAGGCUGCCCAAACCGGAAGAAUGUUCUGACAUGAUGUAUUCUAUCAUGAUGGAUUGCUGGAAGAAUGCAUCAAAUCAGCGCCCUAAUUUUAGAGAACUUGCUCAAAAAGUGGACUCGAUGAGGGAUUCUGUGGGAGGAUGAAUGUGCGGAGAUUUCGUCUGAGUCUCUUUCAUCAUAACACAACUGCUGCUUAUCCAAUUUGAGGCUGAAGCAUCCACUCUUGGAUGAUAUUCCAAACUGAGGGGUGUCAUCCCUUCAUGUCCUGCCAGACUGGAUCGCUAUGAACUUCUUUCGCAUCCCCUGGGGACGGUGAAAUCACAGGGCAACCAACUGAUGAAUUCCAAAAAGUAAUUGAUUGGGCUUUGUAACUGUGCUGUAGCUCUCCAUUUAAGCUGCUUAAAGUGCAGAGUUACCUUUACAGAGAUUCCUCUUCUUAAUGGUGAUAAUAGGAAAUUUCCCUUACAAUGAACACCAAAUUGCCUUGUUGUUGAAUAUAAUACUGUAUUAUGUGUGCUAUUUGCAUAAGAGAAAAAAUUCUAAUUUUGUAUUGAUUUUUUAAAUCUAAAACUGCUCUAGGGAUACUACAUUGCAAUCUCAUUUACACUUACCAUAGGUUAGAGCAUAAAGAAAUAGUGACAGGAAUGGAAAUGAUGCCAUGGUGUAAAUAUCUUAAAACUAAAUUAGCUCUAUUGUUGAAAGAAAAACAAGAUCUGGAGCUGAAAUGUUUCUUAAAUCUGCGAUAAUGUGAAUGUGAAUACAGAGGUGCAUUAAACAAUAUUUUGGAACGAAUGUAGAACUGCAAAAUAAUGUGCAUGCCAGAGAUGGGAUAAGUUAAAGAUUAUCCAAUGGUGAAAAAAGUUAGAAAUUACCUUUAUGUAUAGUGCAAAAUAACCUAAAAUUGCAAAGAAAGAAAUAUUUACUACAUCAGGUAUGAUCUAAGAUGCACAGCAAUGCGUUAUUAGUACAGGCCUGAUUAAUAUUGUGUAUUAUACUGCAACUAUGUGUGUUUGUUUUUUUUACAAUUGGAUCAAUAAUGUCUGCUUAGGUAACUAUAUGGAGACAAGCUCAGGGACUUUUGUUUUACAUGUAGAGAAUGCAGGGUUCAUUAUUUAGUCCAUUGCAGUUAAUUUGCAUGUAUUACUUUACAUGCAUUAAUCCGUUAGCUCAGGCCGAGUUGCUAUUGUACUCAGCCUGUCAACACACUGCACCACCAUCUGUUCAAGGACAAUCAGAGAGAGAAAAAAUCAGCCUUUCCAAUGACACAUGUGCCCUGAAAAUGUUUCUUUUCAAACUAUGCAAACUCCCAUACACCCUUGAUUUACUCUUCAGUACAUCAUGCCAUUGUAAAGGGACCAGACUUGUUUUUUAGUGUGACUGCUAUGAUGUAAAGAUUCUGUAUGGGAUUAAUCAGUGCUUAAAAAGCUUGUCUUUGCAAAAUAAUAUAUGGGUACUUUUGUAAAUACGGAGGAGGGAAUUUUCAGUCACACAGUGUGACUCUGCUGUGUUCGAUGGAUUGCAAAUUAGCUUGAGCUGUGGGUCCUGCUUGCUGACCAGUGUCGCAUUUCAUGGCAGUCCAUUCGUAACGCUGUGUCUCAUGGACUGCAUGUUUCAGAAAGUGUCAAGAGAAUGUAGGAGGAAAGGGACUGAGCAACUGCCAGACUAACGAAAGAAAGAGCAGUCAAGAGAUUCCUAACGGCAUCUCACUAUCUGAGCAAUAUUCAGAAUAGUUAGGCAAGGCUAGAUUGAUUGAAUUCAGAGGAUUUUACCCCUAGUUGAGGUAUC